UUCGACACCUGCAACUGAACCACACCGAGCUACACGCCAAAUCCUCACUCAUUUGAAGAAAACCCCCGAACGCUUAACUCCUCCUCCGCUAAUACCAAACCUAGUUUUGUCUCUCUACUUUCUAUCUCUACCAUUCUGGUCUGACUAUCCCUCUACCCCUCUCCACUUCGCAUCGCAAUGUAUGAUUCUACCCGCCAUAAGCAGCGCCGUGAUCCACCACCUCAUCGCCGCCGAUCAUGGUGUUGCUCGUUCACUACACCACCGCGUAGUCCUGAAAACGCGGUCACCACUCACUCGCACCACCACUCCAAACCCUCUCAAAAGACCGAGUUACCCUCAAAGCAGACCAAUUCGUUCCCGAACUCUCCCCAGAGCUCCAAACUCGGCUUCGUCGGUCGGAUCUUGUCACCUGGUCGCGUCUCCCCUAUCGACUCGGUCGACAACUCCGUCCAAGAAAUCAUUGAACCCUCGCCGAUCCGUACAACAAAUGCACAGUCAAGGUUUACGAAUUCCCCGAAAUUGCCCUCAUCGGAGGGUUCUGAGAAUACCAACAAUGGUGUGAAAGAGGAGGGUAGUUCGGGGGUUUUUGACGUGAGGCUGAAUUUGAAGGGAAAGAAUGGUGGGUCUUUGGUUUUGGAGUUGAAUUCUGUGGUUUUAAGUUCGAAUAGUUCGGUUUUUGCGGACUUGAUUACGGAUUAUAGGAAGGGUUCGAUUGGUUCGGCUGCAAGUUUGUGUAGAAUUGAGGUUCCUGAAGUGGAAAAUUUGAACGUGUUUCGGGAGACUAUCGAACUUAUGUUUGAGGAAGAUAUUACCAAACAGCUCUUGAAGAAAGGAGUGUAUCGGUCUAUAGAUAUUCUUGAGAUAUCUGCAGGCCUUAUGUUCACUAGGGGUGUUUUGGCCUGUUUGAAGUACCUUGAGGCAGUACCUUGGAGUGAGGAGGAAGAAGAAAAGCUAAGGAGCCUUUUAGCUAAAUUUAAGUUUGAUGAUGCAACAGCGAGAGACAUUUUGGCCAGACUCUAUUCGCUUGACUCUAUACAUGCACAACAAUCUCUGGCUAGACAGCUUGUUUGGUCUAUUACUACUGGUGUCGAUGCCAAUGCAAGAAAUGAGCUAAAGUCUUUAGUCAAGGGCCUCCUAUGCAAAAGCUCCGUCUACGAGAAGGACUAUCCUGAUCUCAACAAGGAGGAUAUCUUUGUUGUUUGCCAGUCUUGUCUUGCUUCACUGGUCAGUCUGUUUGAGGAGGCUUCUGGCACAAAUCCCGGUGGGAAAUUGGCAAAGAAGGGGAAAGAUAAGCCUUUGAUCGAACGCAUUUCAAAGCAGGUUGAUAACAUCAACUGGCUAUUAGAGGUUCUACUUGAUCGGCAAAUUGCAGAGGAGUUUGUGGAUAUGUGGGCAAAUCAAGGGGAAUUACUUAGGAUGCAUGGGAGUGCCUCUCCAAUGGUUAGAUAUGAGCUCAGCCGUGUAUCGGCAAUGUUGUUCAUUGCAAUGGGUACCAGAAAACUGCAUUGUCAGGCAGAAACAAGAUUAGUGCUUCUUCAGGCAUGGUUUGGACCAAUGCUAUCAGACUUUGGUUGGCUACAGAGAUGCAAGAAGGGCCUAGAUAUGAAGGCAUUGGAGGAAGCCAUGGGCCAGGCUCUCCUUACCCUUCCUUUGAAGCAGCAAUACACGCUGUUUAUGGAAUGGUUCCAGUCAUUCUCAAAGCAUGGUACUGACUGCCCUAAUCUCAGUAAAGCUUUCCAGAUCUGGUGGCGUCGAUCAUUCCCAAGAGGCUCUGAAUCUUAUGCAAUUGAUUCCCGGUAACCGGAGCUACUUUGUGAUAUCUUCUUGUUCCAUAUAAUAUCACAGGGUUGUAGGCUAAGCGAUUCUUGAAUGUAAGGAAGUCAAUAAUGUAGAUCAACUACGUAGAAUGUGCAAGGAUUUGGAGUGAUGAAUGUCUUUUAUCAGUCCACCUGAAAUUGUAUUCAUCUCCCAUGUGCUCAUCAUCAGGAAGUUUGAAGUUAUAAGGAUCUCACAACUUUUGAAGAAUGUUCCAACUAUUGCAUAUAUUAAAACAUUUCACAC